GUUCUCACUUCCCCUUCAUUUCUUCUCGGUCACCUGCUUUUCCUCUGCUAAUCUUUCUUUUUCUUCUUCUUCUUCUUCUUCUUCUUCUUCGGUUCAUGACCAACAAUCGUCGGAUCAGACCCAAAGCUUCAUAAUUCAUUGGCGCAGCGCCCAACCCCGAAGCUGGACCCUCUCGUUUCAUCCGCCACUGAACCGAUCGCCACUUCGAACGAGGUCUCAUGUCACGACUUCCUCUCUUGCUCCUCUUCAGGAAUCUAAGAGUUCAAAAAUUAGUACAUGGAGAUUGAUUUUGAACUUCCUUCAGAUGGAAAAGAGAAGUUAGACUCCGACAAAAAUGCAGGUUUGGAUGUUGGAGAGUCUUCCAAUUUUAACAUGCUUGCUGAGGAAGAGGAUGUAAAUUCUCUUGAUAGGAGUGAAAAUAUUCUGGUAGCACCCCAGUGUGACAGCGGGGAAAAUGUAGAUUUUCUUAACAGGAGUGAAACUAGUUGGGAAAAUGUAAAUUCUCUUAACGGGAGUGAAGAUAUUAUGGUAGCCCCCCAGCAUGACAGCGAGGAAAAUGGUGCUUGUGUUAUGAAUCAGGCGGAGACAAACUCCAUUGUCGAUGUUCAUCAUAGAUUUCCGAGGACGGCUCCUCGGAUUGGUUUAGAAUUUCAAACAAAGGAAGCAGCAUACUCUUUCUACAGAGAGUAUGCCCGCUCUGUUGGAUUUGGCAUCACAAUAAAAGCAAGUCGUCGCUCUAAGAAAUCUGGGAAGUUUAUUGAUGUGAAGAUAGCUUGUUCUAGGUUUGGAAGCAAGCGGGAGUCCAGUUCAACUGUCCAUCCACGCCCCUGUAUAAAGACGAACUGCAAAGCCGGAAUGAAUAUGAAGAGGAGGGAAGAUGGCAUAUGGAUUAUAUAUAGUGUUGUUAACGAGCAUAACCAUGACAUUGUCCCAGAUGACUUCUAUAAUUCCCUCCGGGGAACGACAAAGCAAGCUGGUGCUUUAGCCUAUCGAAAGAAAGGUCUACAAGCUGUCCUAAAUGAGGAAGAUACACAAGUGAUGCUUGACCAUUUCAUGACCAUGCAGCAGGAGAAUCCCAAUUUCUUCUAUGCAAUAGAUUUGGGCUGUGACAAAUGCUUGAGAAGUGUCUUCUGGGUUGAUGCUAAAGGAAGGCAUGAUUAUGCCAGUUUCUGUGACGUGGUCUUCUUUGAUAUCUUUUAUGUUAAAGAAAAAUACAAUGUUCCUUUUCUUCCUGUUGUUGGAGUCAAUCACCAUGCUCAGUACUUACUGCUUGGAUGUGCAUUAAUUGGGGACGAAGAGAAAUCGUCUUAUCGUUGGGUGAUGCAGGCAUGGCUCAAUGCAAUGGGUCAUCAAGCUCCUAAAGUUGUCAUAACCGAUCAAGACAAACAACUGAAAGAAGCUGUGGCAGAUGUAUUUCCAGAUACACGCCAUUGUUUUUGCUUGUGGCACAUUUUCAGAAAAAUUCCUCUAACUUUGGCACAUGUUCUAGAUCAAUAUGAUAAAUUCAUGGAUAAUUUUAACAAAUGUGUGUAUCUGUCUUGGAUGGAUGAACAGUUUGAAAAGAGAUGGCAGAAACUGAUUCAUAAAUUUGAAAUAGGGGAAGAUGAAUGGGUUUGCUCAUUAUAUGAAGAUCGUAAAAAGUGGGUCCCAACUUACCUGCAGGAUGCCUUUUUAGCUGGAAUGUCCACAGCGGAUCGAGCUAGAAGCGUGACGGCUUUUCUUGAUAGGUACCUAAAUAGAGGAAUUUCUUUUAAGGAAUUCUUGAAGCAAUACAAAGCGUAUUUGCAAGAAAGGUAUGAAAGUGAGGCUGCAGCAGAUGCCGAAUCACAGUGCAAACCACCUGUAUUAAGGUCUACUUCAACAUUUGAGAAGCAAAUGUCAACAAUCUAUACAAAUGCAGUUUUUAAGCAAUUUCAGGAUGAGGUUCUGGGAGUUGAGUUGUGUCAUCUGCAAAGAGAAAAUGGAAAUGAACCAGCUGCAAUCUUUCGAGUUGAAGAUUUUAGGGAAAGUCAAAAUUUUGUUGUCUCUUGGAAGGAAGCUGACUCAGAAAUUUUUUGUUCGUGUAAAUCAUUUGAAUACAGAGGUUUCCUUUGUAGACAUGCAAUGCUUGUUCUUCAAACAUCUGGCGUUUCUAGCAUCCCAUGUCCGUAUAUUUUAAAGCGCUGGACAAAGAAUGCAAAGAUCAGGGAAACUGACUCUGAAAAAUCAAAAGGAUUGCUUGCUUCCAGAAUGCAGCGGUUUGAUGAUCUUUGUAAGCAAGCAGUUAAACUGGGGGAACUGGGGUCUUUAUCUCAGAAAGCUUACAAUAUUGCAUUUCAGGCCUUAGAGGAAGUGUCAAGACAGCUUUCGAGGGUUAAUUCUGGGUGGAGUGUUUCGGACCCUAGCUUAGUUACUGUUCACCAAAAUGCUGAAGCCCCAGAAGAGAAUCACGGGAACGUGGUUAAGUCACUUAAGAGAAAGAAAAUAUGUAAGAAGAGAAAGGUGGCGCAUUUUGAGCAAGGAGGUGCGGCUAUCAGGACUCAAGAUAACUUCCAUGAUAUGGAGCAAGCAAGUUCGAGAACCGAAGGCCAGGAUAACCGUUGGAUUUCCCUACAGGGCAUGCAACACACGGAAUCAAAUUUCAGAACAGCAAGUCUAGAUGGCCAUGACGAUGCUCAUCAAAGUAUGCCAGGAGUGGGACAUUUACAUUCAGUGUCAUCGCGAGUUUUUCACUGUGGGACACAACAAAUUUUGCCGGAACUGGGACACAGUUUUGGAGCACAAGAAAUUCCUGGGUGCUUCACCAUUCGGAGUGAUUUCCUAAACACUGGACAGCCUGUUGGUUCGAUGCACUUGCAGUUUCAGGGCAUUGCAUUGAAGAAUUUGCCGGAUAAGAAAUUGCAUAGGUGAAUUUACCUAUUGAACUUUUCAGUGAAGUUAAGAAUGGCAAGAGCAUUCUCAAUUAGCUACCAACAUAUGUAAGGUAGAAAAGGAGCUCUCAACAUCAUGUAGAUUCACUUUUCUGUAGAUUAGAUGAGCAUAGUGACAAAUGGCCACAAAUCUUGUAUGUCUUCAACUUAGCUGAGCAUAGGUGACGAAUCACAAGAAGUGUAAAGGGAUCUUUUCUCAUAUCUGAAUGAUGUUCUCUCUCUCCCUCUCUA